GAAAGCCCUAAUCCUGCUCUCUCCCGCCUGAUUCCUUGGCACCACCUCCGAUUCCAUACAAUUGUCGCGUGUGGUGCUGCUGCUGGUUGGAGCUCGUGAGAUGCUUUGAGGUCGGGCUGGAGACGGCACUUAAUUCCGAAUUCUUAGGUGUUUCCCGCUGCUUUGGCGCUGGCUGAGCUGUGCGGGGAAGGUAGGCCGGCCGGCCUAGGCUUAGUUAUUGACGCUACGAGCUAGCAAAAAUCUGUACUUGACGCUUCCUUUGCCUUGAAUUAUCUCCCGUCCCGCUGUUGUCCUGCUGUACUUGUUUACUUUUGGAAUUACUUGUGCUACUAUAAGGGAAGAUCCCGUGCCUACAGAUAAUUUGACUCUGAAAAGGUGACGGCUCUGGCCUCGGAGUGAUCUGACACCUAAAGGAUACAGGCGCCCUUACUACCCUGCUUCAAGUAAAGGGACAACAAAGCGAUUUGUUGUCCCGUUGUUUUGAGCUGGAAAACCCCCGGUAUGGCUGAUGCCAGUUCGAGGACUGACACAUCGAUAGUUGUGGACACUGACGAUAAGAAUCAAAGGAUGGAAAACGGACAAAAUGGAGCUAUCGUGCCUUCUAAUUCAUCUGAACCGUCUGACAGGUCCGACAGGCCUAUGGACCAAAAGGUAUUGCGGAGGCUUGCCCAAAAUCGCGAGGCAGCACGAAAAAGUCGUCUGAGGAAAAAGGCGUAUGUACAACAACUUGAGAGCAGUAAGCUGAAACUUGCAAGCCUAGAACAAGAACUCCAGAAAGCUCGACAGCAAGGAAUCUUCAUUUCUAGCUCUGGGGAUCAAACUCAUGCUAUGAGUGGAAAUGGAGCGAUGACAUUUGAUUUAGAAUAUACUCGAUGGCUAGAGGAGCAAAAUAAGCAGAUAAAUGAGCUGAGGACUGCAGUAAAUGCUCAUGCAAGUGAUAGUGACCUCCGUCUUAUUGUAGAUGGGAUAAUGGCACAUUAUGACGAAAUAUUCAAGCUGAAGGGUGCUGCUGCAAAGGCUGAUGUGUUUCAUAUGCUUUCAGGCAUGUGGAAAACACCUGCUGAAAGGUGUUUUUUGUGGCUUGGGGGUUUUCGUUCAUCUGAACUUCUAAAGCUCCUUGUAAAUCAGCUCGAGCCUCUAACAGAGCAGCAGUUGAUGGGGUUAUCCAGCCUCGAGCAAUCCUCACACCAGGCCGAGGAUGCACUAUCACAAGGAAUGGAGGCAUUGCAGCAAUCUUUGGCUGAAACGUUGGCUGGUUCCCUUGGUCCAUCAGGAUCUUCAGGAAACGUGGCAAACUACAUGGGUCAAAUGGCUAUGGCUAUGGGAAAACUUGGAACCCUUGAGAAUUUCCUUCGCCAGGCUGACAAUCUACGGCAACAAACUUUGCAUCAAAUGCAAAGAAUUCUGACAAUACGGCAAGCUGCUCGAGCUCUCCUUGCAAUACACGACUAUUUCUCACGUUUGCGUGCCCUCAGUUCUCUCUGGCUUGCGAGGCCACGGGAGUAAAACAUGUGUGCCAUCUUUUGGCGCUUCAUGAGCUGAUCCUAGAAAUGUGGACAAAUUGCGACGCAUUUGCAGAAGAUUGAUGGUUCAGUUCCCUCUGAAAAAUAUAUUGACGCCUUGUGUUCUCAUAUUGUACUUCGAUGUUGUACAAGUAGCCAGGUAGGGGUAAGGCUUGUAACUGUAAGUUACCAUGAAUUUAUGAUUGACAUAUUGUACAAUUGUAUUAGCAAUAAAAUAAACGUAGAUAAAAGGUGCAAGAGGAUCCAUUGAUUGCACCUGUUGGAAGCAAGAA